GGUCGCUCUGCAUCCCACAGUCACAUGAUCCAUUCAGUCUUCUGCGAGUGAAAAGCUUUAGAUAACGUUACGUCAACCAAGGAACAUGAAGCUUAUUAUCCUCAAUGAGUACGACCAGGCCAGUGAGUGGGCUGCAAAGUACAUUAGAAACAAGAUCUUGUUGUUCAGACCUGGUCCGGACAGAUACUUCACCCUGGGGCUUCCCACAGGAAGCACCCCCAUGGGUUGUUAUAAGAAACUAAUAGAGUACUACAAGAUGGGCCAAAUCUCAUUCCAGUAUGUAAAAACUUUCAACAUGGAUGAAUAUGUAGGACUUCCCAGAGAUCACCCUGAGAGCUACCACUCCUUCAUGUGGAAUCACUUCUUCAAGCACAUAGACAUAAAAGCAGAGAACACCCACAUCCUUGAUGGCAACGCUGCUGACCUGCAAGCAGAGUGUGCGGCCUUUGAGGAAAAGAUAACAGCUGCUGGGGGGAUCGAGCUCUUUGUCGGAGGUAUUGGACCAGACGGCCACAUUGCCUUCAAUGAACCUGGAUCAAGCCUGGUUUCCAGGACUAGGGUGAAGACCCUGGCAAAGGACACUAUCGUGGCUAAUGCUCGGUUCUUUGACGGAGAUCUCUCAAAGGUGCCCACCAUGGCACUGACUGUGGGAGUGGGCACAGUCAUGGACGCAAAAGAGGUCAUGAUUCUCAUCACUGGAGCACACAAGGCAUUUGCUUUAUACAAAGCUAUAGAGGAAGGUGUGAAUCACAUGUGGACAGUGUCUGCCUUUCAGCAGCACCCGCAGACAGUUUUUGUAUGUGAUGAAGACGCCACCCUGGAACUGCGGGUCAAAACUGUAAAGUAUUUCAAAGGGAUGAUGCAUGUUCACAACAAGCUGGUGGAGUCUCCUCCCUCAGUGCCAAAGAAGAACUGAGGAUAUCUUGUCCAAACUUUGUUGAUUUGUGAGGCAUUUUUUCAAAAGCUUAAAAGGGACAGUUCAGCCCAAAAUCAAAAAAAUGAUGUUGAGGAACAGGGUAUUGAGUUCUGGAAUAAGACAAUACUGUAUAAUUUUUUUUAUCUUUCUUUUGGGUGCUUUGAGCGCCACAAGCCGAGUGCCAUAUGUGUCCAAAACUAGGCAACUCACACCAUAUCAAUGUAGAUUGAUUAGUUGCACUUUAGGUAAUAGAACAUAUUUGGGAUGUACUGUCCCUGUAACACUCCAAUGAUUCCUUUUUUCUUCUGAUGGAAAUGGUGAGCAUCACGCAGUGCUUGGAGUUGACCUCAGCUAAAUCUUGUUGAAAUAAUCAAGUGCUUAUUGUGCAGGCUAUUCAGGUUUCCAUGUGAUUGAUGUGCUUCUCUUUUGUUCUUUUUAAUAAUGUUCAUGUCAUUUUUUUUUAUCUCUGUAUAUCUGUGAUUGUGGAUAGUGUGGUAUUCUGUCUGUUCCAUGUUUGUCACAUGACAAAUACGGAACAACUUAUGUGGCCUUUAAGUGCUCCUUGUAAGUGUUCCUUUCCAGAUCAAUGCUAGAAGCAACGACCCAUUCAUUUAAAUGUUUUAAUUGUAUGUUUGAGAGAAAGGUGGUCAACACAGAGUCCUUGUCCCCAUCUGUGAAUAAAACUUAGUAUAUUUACUCAGACAAGUACUAAACUUAUGUCCAAUUUCAAGGUUCUUUUUUUUAUUGGAGCAUUUUGAUUUUCUACCUCUUUAUAGGCUCUUUAAGCACACAGUAAUGCCCCACUACAUUUUAGAGGCAAAUGUUGUUUCUACUCUAUUACAAUUAUCUGACAGCUAUAGUACAUGGCUACAUAACUGUCAGAUAUUUUAUAAACUAAUCCUGUGAUUAUCUCAUACAAUAUGCAUAGUUUACGAAUGAAUUAACCAAUGAUAACUGUUAUAUUUCUACACUUCGACAAGCUAGAGUGAGUUCUUGUUGUUUUACUUUUCAUAUUUGAAGUACA